GGGGAUGGUCAAACAAGAAACUUGCUUGAUGAUCACCUACUCUCAGUAUCUGUCCGAUACUGGGUUUGGCGAACGGGUUAGGGAGUAACGCAAGUCGCAAGGAUCCCCUAAUCAAGGCCAGAGGACUAUCCUUCACGAGGUUGCCGCCCGUUUUUGGUCAAAUACCUUCUGUAAUUGACGUAACAGAAACCUCUGGCCGGACCACAAAAUCCCACAUAGCCGAACCGUGGCGGCGCAUAUCCACACCCGGGCUCACAUGGCCUAGGGGAACUAAAUACCCCCUAAAAUAUUGUACCACACACCCUUGGUCAGGAGUCGUGUGCGUUAUUUGGCAUUUCCCGCCAAAGCCCCAAACCUAAAAACAUGAGUGCUGAUAAAGAGAAAACAAUACCCCAGGAGGGUAUCGCGAUUCGCGAAGAAUCUCUCACCAAGCCUAGCUUGGUCUGUCCCGUGUAUUCUGGGGGGGACAACCAGCGAUCAGGGAAGGGCACAAGCCUGGACCUGUCUGGCCUAGCUGAGGCCAUAACUUCAGCUACAACAAGCAACACAACACCUGCACAAACACAGUGGACUGUGGUCGCCCAUAAGCGCCCCAGCAAAGGAAAGGCUGCUAGUGCGGCGGCCACCCACAAACACACAAACAAAGGUUCGCAGGGCCGAACAGAACGCAGUCGCCCCAACCGGCGCGCGAGAAGGGAAGCCCAGCAGCCCAAAACCAAACUAGACAGUACACAGUCGGUCACCGCAGCAGUAGAAAAACAGCGCGAGCCUGUAGAAAUACAAAAACAGACAACACAAACGCACACAAACAACCACAACGGAGACCGAAACCGAGGGGUGAUCGUGGUCGGCGGAUCGCUGCGGAGGCUCCCACUGCUCCUGAAAAGGAGCAGCCUGGGGCUGUGUGUGGCUCGGGCAAGGCAGCUUCUACGAAGCGGCCACGACUGGACGACACGCAGUCUCCAAGGGGGGAUGCCAAACGCGCGAAAACCGACGCGAAGACGAAGCGGACGGUGAGCUACGCAGAUGCGAGUAAAUCGCAUCUGAGAGUAGCGGUCACCACCGUCCCGCCGAGGGACCUCGGCUGAGCAGGCGGAACAGCUGAAGGAGACCAUCGACGAUGGGAUCCUUCAGGCAGUUCUGACUCCGCAGUCUCCAGAUGCACAGGCUCUAUCUUUCCGCGGGCUUCCUUUCGGACGGGGUCCUAGCGAUGUGGUGUGAGGACGAGAACGCAAUCAAGUGGCUUGAGCAAAGGUGAAAACCAUCCAGUCACCCAUACCGAACACCACAUUAACGGUCAUUAGGCUGUCGGAUGUGAAGAAGAAACUCAGAGCUGGGCUUCUUCUCCACACCUGCAUCACUGAGUCUGCCACACUGCAGAAACUCCUUUGUGCCCAGAACCCCUGGUACAAGGUCGAGUCCUGGCAGUGCUACGACAUGAGCGUUGAUGACAAACCGGACAGCAGUUCUAAGGAGAAGGUGGUCCACCAGAUCCUUGGAAUCCCCGAGGACCAAAAACAAACCAUACUGGACAGGGAACGCCGUGUUGCACACAUGUCUGGCAGCGGAUACAUCCGCUUUUUCGCGACAGACGAAGCAACAGUGACUGACCCGACAGUAGCGACAUCAAGUGCUACUACAGAGCAAGAAGGCGCUGCGAUCCCGACACCCACCACCUCAGCUCCCCAACCGGGUCGGAGCGAGAUGGAAGAGGCAGCAGGCCUGAGCUCUGAGGACAGCGUUAGCGACGAAGAUGGCGUCCUUCGCAGUCCCUAGUAGCACCAUCACUAUUAUACAGACCAAUCUCCAGCACAAGCAGAUAGCGGCGGCCACACUACGCAGGGUGCUGGAGACAAACAACAUGACCGUCGCCCUGAUUCAGGAACCCUGGAUCAGAAAUAAUAGGAUUUGCGGUGCGGUCUGAGCAACAUCGGUGGUAAGUUACUUUUAAACACAUCUGUCGAUAAACCAAGGACAUGUACACCCAAGUCUAUAAAAACAACCAUGCUAAACCAAUUCUGUUCUAGAGACCUCACAGCUGUGACGAUCCCCACAGAUAACCAUACAGUCCUGGUACUAGCUUCAGUCUACAUGCCGAAUGAGGAGGAAAUUCCUCCAAGGGAGCUGACCGAGCUGGUACGACACUGCGAGGACCACAAAUGGGAGCUGAUUGUAGCGGCUGACUGUAACGCACAUCACUCACUGUGGGGAAGUAAGGACACAAACAAAAGGGGUGAGUUAUUAACUGAAUACUUAUUCCAAACCAACCUUAAUAUCAUGAACAUUGGGACGGAGCCCACAUUUGUUAGCCCUAGGUACCAAACUAUCAUAGAUAUACACUAGCGACACACGCGGUGGCCAAUCUAAUCGAAGGAUGGCACGUGUCAAACGAACCCUCCUUUGCAGACUAACGCAGGAUAUGUUUCCAAUUACAAUACAGACAAAAAGACCCUGUUCCAUAUCGCAACUCCCGAAAAACAGAUAUAGCAAGGUACGUAGAACUGAUAACUAAAACACUAAGCGAGAUGCAAAUACAUGAUCAAAUCCCUGACAUAAACAACAUAGAAACAAACGUACAGUUCUACACUUCAGCACUUCUUAAAAGUUACGAACUGACGUGUCCUACCAUCAUACCGAAAGGCCUGGCUAAAAGUUCCUGGUGGGGGCCAGAACUUGAGAAACUACGUAAGGAACUCAGGACACUUUUCAAUCGAGCGAAAAACACCAGAACCAAUAAGGACUGGGACAGAUAUAAAAUAGCACAAAAACACUACAAGAAGCGGAUCAGAUUCCGGAGUAGGGAAGGAUGGCGCGGUUUCUGUAGUAGUGUCAAUUCAACAAAUCAAGCUGCCAGACUCAAGAAAGUUCUGUCCAAGGACAACUCCAACCUCCUUGGGUCUCUGAAAAGGGAAGACGGCACUUAUACAAAAACAGAAGAAGAAGCCAAUGCGGUGCUACUGGAAACCCACUUCCCAGGAUGCCAACUGGCGCCAGGCCUUGAGUGGUCGACUGAGCACCACAAUGCACCAACAACCCAGGAACGGGACCUGGCAAAAACAAUAGUAACGGCGGAAAAGAUAGAAUGGGCUCUAAAAAGCUUUCAACCAUCUAAGUCAGCGGGACUAGAUUAGUGUUGCCCAAAUGCAAGAACAAGACGAGACUUAGCAAGUCUUGGUCUUGGUCUUGCAGCAAGAGUCUUGCAAGUCUUGCAAAACUGUUUAAUACCAAACUCCCUAUCAACACAAGUGAAAUAACUGGGCGUAAUCCUUGAUAACAAACUGAAUUGGGCGAGUCAUAUUGAUUUAAAAACAAAGAAGGCCUGCAUAGCUUUUAAUCAGUGUAGAAGACUAGUUCGUAAAAAGUGGGGUCUAAGUCCAAAGAUCACCCUUUGGUUAUACACAGCAGUCAUCAGGCCCUCUAUAACCUAUGGUUCAGUUGUUUGGUGGCCCAGGACCCAACUGACCACAGUGAAAUCCAAACUCCAAAGUCUAUAACGCUUGGCGAGCGUAGCAGCAACUGGAUGCAUGAGAACAACUCCAUCGGCUGCAUUAGAGUAUCUCAUGAAUUUAAGACCAUUGGACCUGGUCAUACAAGAAGAAGCGAACGCAGCAGCCUUGAGACUAAAGUCUCUAGGAUUAUAGAGAUUAAAUACUGUAACAACACACUCCAAUAUUCUACAAAACAGAGAUCCCACUCCUGGAGGCACCUAUGGAUAGAAUAUUAAGCCAACACGUCUUUGAUCGAAGAUACAACAUCCAACUUACCGCGGAAAAGGCAGAUUACUCUGGCGCCGGGGAAGUUAGGAUAUACACGGAUGGCUCCAAAACCAACAGUGGUACUUUAGCCGGUGUCUUCUCAAACGACCUGAAUAUAAAAAUAUCUACAACCUUAGGCAAACAAAGUACAAUCUUCCAGGCGGAAUGUAUUGGCAUUACCAGAGCGGCACAGGCGGUUGCAGCCAAAGAUAUCAGAGAGUAUAACAUCAAGAUCAUCUCUGACAGUGCAUCCGUGCUUCAAGCCCUACGUAGCAACACAAUAAACUCUGUACUAGUAAUGGAGUGCCACAAGGCACUUCAAUCCAUUGCGGUUAGCAACACGGUAACUCUGCAAGGAUAAAAGGACACAGCAGCUCAAUUGGAAACGACGCAGCAGACGAACUGGCUAAGAGGGGAGCAGACACAAAGGUGUAUGGUCCGGAACCUUUGCUGCCCAUACCUCAGGCCAAAAUUAAAACGUGGCUGCGUGAAAUAACUCAGAAAUCACACUUGACGGAGUGAAAAACAGGUGAAGGAUGCCGGCAAACGAAAACCGCUCCGGCGGUAAAUAAAAGUUUUGCCCGCACCCUUACCAGACUAAAUAGGGACAAACUUCGCAGGAUUAUAGGAUCCCUGACUGGUCAUUGUCCCCUAAACAAACACCUAUAUACAAUAGGAGUUACAGACAGCCCCCUAUGCAGAGGAUGCAUGGAGGUAGAAGAAACGCCACAGCAUGUUAUCAUGGAAUGCAGGAGUGUGGCCGACCAACGGGCACGACUUCUCCAGUCACCAGAAUCGUUUCCGGAAGCUUGCAGCAGUCUACCAAAGCUGCUUUCCUUCUGGACCGAUAUAGGCUGGCUGGAGUAAACGGAAAUGUUUUUGAGACACGCACAAUGGUUCAAUAAUUAGGACUAAGUGCGGAAACCGCCCUGAAGAACUAAGUAACUAAUAUCGAGUUAAAAUGGUCGAUAUAUCGGAUAUCGAUAUUUUCCUGACUUCGAUAUAAAUAUCAAUAUUUCAAAAGACUGCAUCCCUAGCCAUGACCCACCACGCGGGCCCAGUGCGGAUUGAUGGGUGUUAAUGACUGCAAAUGCAGCUGAGACUAACGUGUUAACGUGCUUUCCGAAGCACAGAGGAGCUCGAGAUAGUAAAUUUUUGGUCACCCAUCCAAUGACCAACCACUGCGAAAGUUUCUUAACUUCAACGAUCGCAACCGUACGCGCUAACCACUUGCGCCAUCGAGCUCCUAUCGAUCGAUGUAAGUCGUAACUGACUUUUGAUUUGAUUUAUUAAUUCUAGUGAGAAGACAACGGGACGCCAGAUUUUAAAAUACGCCUCUGAUAGCCUGCCUGUUGAUAAGUUUGACGACUUCCGUGGCUAGUGAGUGAUCAGCCUAUUAAUAUCCCCACUGCUGGGGCACAGGCCUUCCCUAUGGAUGGAAUAGGGAGACUGGGUCAUGACCCACCACGCGGGCCCAGUGCGCAUUGGCGGGUGCUAACGACUGCAGAUGCGGUCGGGACCAACGGCUUAACGUGCCUUCCGAAGCAGGAGGAACUAGAGAUAGAAGAUUUUUGGUCACCCAUCCAAUGACCGACCUCUGCGAAAGUUGCUUAACUUCAACGAUCGUAGCUGAACGCGCUAUCGAGCUCACGAUACACAUUAUAUCACGUUUUUUAUCUCGUCUUACUGUCCAUGCAUAAUAAUUUGACAAUUCAGCUUAAUGAAAACGAGCGAUAAGCAAAUGGAUGCGCCAUAUGCAGUGUUUAUGCUAGGGGGGCUGGCCUUGUUAAACCGUGGAGCCCUGGCACCUUAAUCACCGAUAGAAAAACGCAACACCCCCAAAAGAUGUUGAUUUAUUGUAGUCUUCUGUAAGAUGAAGGUUACUUUCCCGGACUGGCGCUCCAAUUCGAGGAGGAAAACAUUAUACCCUACCUCUCUUGUAAGCUUUUGUAAGUGGAUCAAUGAUAACAAUGGGAAAAGGUAUAGUCAAGGGCGUACCCAGGAUUUCAGCUAGGAGGGGGCAGCUCAUACCUGUUUCGAGAAGAUGGUCGGUCGGGUAUAUUGAAACAAAAAAUCAUGAAAAUUGACUUUUAUUAAUUAGUUUGAUUAUGACACAAAACAAAAUAUUAAAUAUAUAUAAUAAUCAUAAUACACAUAUAUUAAUUUAAAAGUAAUCUUCUCGGAUUUGCCGCCGAAAAUUUGUCUAAGACAGUCUUUUGAAUAAACUCACUGUUUUCUUUUAAGUAAUUGCGAUGUACGCUCAUCAGACAUAAACCCGUAAGCCUUUCUUCACCCAUGGUGCUUCUAAGUCACGUUUUAACUCUUCGAAGCGUACUGAAGGACCGUUCUACGGUCGCCGUGGUGCAUGGGAUAGUGCUUAAAAUAAUCAAUGCCUUUCUGACAGCAGGGUAAAAAAUAUUGGCGUCGUUGAACAGAUCAACUACUUCUAUAUCCCUUAAUUGAUCAUCUGAUAAAGCAUUCUUCAUCCAUACAUUAUGCCAAAGGUUCAGUUCUCCAGUGAUAUCCAGGUUAUAAAAUUCUUGGAAUGAUUCUGCGUUCUUGUGUAAGUCUGUAAUGCUGGUUUUGGUCAUAUACAAGGGAUGUAGCUUACUUAAAGCAAACGCCGGAGUAUUUUCUUGGGAGAAUCGAAUAUUCAACGAUGAAAUGAGUGAAUCAAUGUAUGGUAUUAUCAGAGAACGCAGCCAAUAUUCGUUAUCAUUGUCAGAUGGCGGAUUACUUCUAUGUGAUUGCUUAUGAGCAAGACGUGGAACCGAAAUUUCUAUGUUCAAAUCCAUUGCAACAGCUCGCGCUUUUUGAAGCAUUUCAUUACUUAUAUUAUCAGGAAACUCGCGGUCAUUUCUGAGAAUGUCCUUGAUAUUUUUGAUGUGUUCCCCCACCGAGAUCAUGUCGAUAGAUUUAGCUUGCAGUGCGUUAACUACUGGUUCUAAAACUGCUGAAUAUUUGGCUAUUGUUUGUAGAGCAACAAUAAACACUGGUUUUGUAACGGCUGAAUGCAACUGAUAUGCAGAUUUUCUGGUGGCAUAAUUUCCCUCUACGUAUAACGUUUCUAGAGAUUUCACAUGCUCUGGAAAAUGUUGAGAAAACUUUCUGAUUGAUUUAUAUUUUUCGGACCAUCUCGUCUCACACAAUCGUGAUAGGUUUGGAGCGUAGUUUCGACGAGUAGUCGAUUCUCUGAAAAACGUUAUAACAUCCUUAACAGUGGCGACAGUAUUUCUAAUUUCUGGCACUGCGUUCGCAUCAUUCACAACAAGGUUGAGUUUGUGACUUGAGCAAUGAAAAUAUAAAGCACGAGGAUUUUUUUUUUCUCAAAAUGGCUUGUACGCCACCAUCUUUCCCUGCCAUUGUAGAACAGCCAUCGAAUCCAAACCCUACGCAAUCUUCUGUUGGGAGGUUAGAACUAAUCAAGAAAUUGUCAAGUGCUUCGGCAAUUGCUGAAGCAUUUUGUGCUUUUAGUUCAACGAAUCCUACAAAUUCUUCUCUGAUUUUCUUUCGUCUCGUUCGUUCGUUCGUUUUGCUUUCGUCGUAGAACCGCACGCCUAUUGAUAGCUGUUCUUUACCAGCUACGUCUGCUGUUUCAUCAGCUAAGACUGCGUAAGCCAUGGUCUGCUGAACCUCACUUAUUAUAUUCUCCUUAAUAACUUCGCCACAUAAAUUAAUCAAUUCGUUUUGUAUUUUUGGCGAUGUGUAAACUGCAUUGCGACGGCACUUUUCCAGGUGACUCUUUAAUUUGUCGUCCCCUGAAUUGAUUCUCAACUUUAAUAAAUGUAAUAAAACACCCUCAUCUGCUUGUUUUCCCCUAAGAGGCAUAUCAUGUGUAUCACGAAAUACUACACAAGAAAUAAUUGAUGACAAUAUUAUUGUCUGUUUUCAUCGAUUGCAUCGACAGGAACAUUUUCAAGAAACAUUUUUGCAGCAUUUGUCGCUGUUAGGUGAAGGUUGGUCGUUGCAUGCUUUCGGCAGUCUUCAUGCAUAUUUUUGAACUUUAUAUAUGGCCUGACCAUAAAUGAUCCCAAAAUUCCUCUCACAGUACUGAUGGGCGGAGGGAACAAAACACAAUGCUUACAAAGAGCGCCUUUUAGUCGCUUGGAAUAUACUAGCCAUGUUGCAUAUUGAUCCAACCAAGCAUUAUUAAAUUUCCUUUUCAAAUGGCUUGCAUCACUUUCAAAAUCAUAAUUUCUGGGCGGGAUCCAAGGAUGUUGUUACAACACAAUGCUUACAAAGAGCGCCUUUUAGUUGCUUGGAAUAUACUAGCCAUGUUGCAUAUUGAUCCAACCAAGCAUUAUUAAAUUUCCUUUUCAAAUGGCUUGCAUCACUUUCAAAAUCAUAAUUUCUGGGCGGGAUCCAAGGAUGUUGUAACAACUCCCUUUUCUUUUCCGUCGAUAGCUGAGUAGCCAACCCAACAUAACGACCCAGGUCAUUUUCAUGAUAGCCGUCGUCCACUAUAAUUUCAGGAUCGACGUUGACGUCAUAAGUUUGCUGGGAUGUCGAUGGAGAAGAAUAAUCGGCAACAGAUAUAUUUACAGGUUCUGCUGGAGAAUGUGACGCUUGUCCAAUGUUAGCAUGCAAUGAUCUUGGCAUUACAUGGGUUUUAUCAUGGUUGUCAUUUUUAUCGCUUCCUCGGCAUUCUAGAUCUAAGCAUUUUAAAUUAUAAUUAAGCAUAAAAAGUAGCAGUCAAUGAGAAAGCUCUUCUAACAUGAGAUUUCUCAACUUCUUUUUACACUUUUUAUCAUUACCUAUCUUAUUUUUUUUUCUUGCACCCCACGUUUUUCGUUAUACUUUUUAGUCCGUUUUAAAAACGUAGUAAGUAUAUUAAAAAAAACAGCUUUUUAGUCAUAAAAAAUGUGUAUUUUUUUAAACUUUCAAACAAACAAACAGACAGACAAGAAAACAAUCUAAUAUUGUAUUGUCAUCCACUUCUGACCUACAGUCAAAAUUUCAAGUCUCUAGCUCAUCGGGAAAUCGGGAAGUUAGUUUAAAAUCAAUUGCCAGAUUUGUACCGAACAGACAAACAGACAAGAAACGGACCUAAUAAAAACGUGGUAAUAAAUAAAGAUUAAGAUACCUAUAAAAACAUCACAUUCAAAUAUCAAUUACUUCCUAUACACUUACAAGAGAGCCCCCCUUAAACAAAUCAAAUAAUCAUAUUAGGUACAUACAUAUGUGUUUUGUUUUCACUCACCUUUUUCAAAGAAAUUCCUGAUAUCCAUUUGACCGGAGUGAAUCUUUCCAGUUGUUGCGCAGUAAACGUAAAUCUCGUGUCGCCGCAACUAAACUAUAAGACACUAUUAUGGCUCAUUAAAUAUUCGCUCGUAUUAAACUCCGAACUAAAUUGAAUUGUAUUCGAAAUUUCGAACUGAAUUGCCUUGCUCUGCCUCACGAGCGCGCUUAUAUAUUCAAAUAUUCUCGCUCCCGAAAUACGUAGAAAAUACUCGACUCUGUUGCCAUCCUUGUCUCAUACUUGCUAUCACUGUCUUUACUUCCCAGAAUAGUCCAUGCUAGAACGUUCUUCUUUACUGGAAAAAGCACUGUCGAGUGUCGUCGUCCGUAACUAGAUAGCGCUAGCGCUAGACGUUGUUUUCUCCAAAUUAUAUUCGGCUUUAAUCCUAGAUGGCUUUGAUUAUCUCGUCGGGAGCGGAAACUACGAGAUACGACGGUUUCGCGGAAGAUAUAAAUUAUAUUUCGUCGCUAUUAUAUCGAAUGUUGUAGAAUAUUUAAUUAUAGAUAAAAAAAUCAAAAUAUCUGAAAGAUGUUUUGUUUCCAACACUUCAUUUUGCGCAGAGUAGGUAACACGUUUUUAGUUCCCACUUGCCAGGAAAAUUGACGUUUAUUUUAUCUUCUACCUGGGUACGCCCAUGGGUAUAGUGCUAACUUGCAAUUUCGAAGAACAUCUCUCGACACAUACUAUGUGUGUUGAAAACAUUUGCUCUUCUCAGUCAUCUUUGCCACGAGAUAUGAGUUAGCUUACUGUCUGUUAAUCACACUAAUAUUAUAAAGGCGAAAGUUUGUGAGUGUGUAUGUUUUGUUACUUCUUCACGUCUAAACGGCUGGAGCGAUUUUAAUAAAAUUUGGUAUGGAGUUAGCUGACACCCUGGGUUAACACAUAAGCUACGUUUUACUGCGGGAAAAUAUCCCUAAUAAACCGCGGGUAACACCGCGGGCCACAGCUUGUACUGUUAUAUUUGUCACAGAUGGAUUGUAGUUUUAGCCAUAAUACAUUCCGUCAUGUAUAUAUGUCACAGCCAUUUGGUAAAAUAAGCCAUCGUACCCUUAGCACGAAUCAAUAUCGAAUAGUUUGCGGAUCAAUAUCGAAUUCGAAUAGUUUGCGGAAACUUGAACAGCAGCGCCAUAGCGGACGUCACGAGAACUAAAAAUAAGUACACAUUUGACAAUGUCAUUUCGCACUCGCAAACUAUUCAAAUUCGAUAUUGGUUCGUGCUAAGGGUACAGUCAUUAAUUAAACGACGCCAACCUAUGAAGUUUCUAAAGAAUAACUAGACAAAUCAUUGAACCAGCAGUGCCGGAUGCCACACGGAUAACCAACCAGUGUGCAAAUCCAUUUAUUUCCAGUCGCCCCGUCCGGGAUUGCCACCGGAGGCAAAUGGGAAUAAAAAUACUGGGCCGGGGGAUUGCCACCGGAAGCAAAUGGGAGUGGUAAUCUCCGCAGGGCGACUGGGAAUACACGGUCAAAACGUAAGUGGCGCCCUGGGAAGCUAGAUUUUAAAAUACGGCCACGUUAGGGGUCUAGUCUCUAGUCCAGUGAGUUCUCCAGUCUUCUGUUCCCCCACACCAUCCUCCUGCCUUCUGACUUUAUUUUGAUACUCGUAUAAUGGUAAGUUUUGUACCAAUAUUAAAUGUCCACAGUUGUUACUCUCCAACAAUGUAAAGGUGAUACGGUAACAUUGAAGUUAUAGAUGAUUUUUUAGUAGAAAGCUGCGAGUAAAUGCAUGUAAGUACAAUCUAGGCGGGAAACAGGGUGCACCAAAUAUAUGUGCGUUCUGUUUCUGUACUACCCACCCACACUUCACGUUCUGUACUAACACCAAAACCAAAUAAUUCAUGUUCCAUAUAUAAAUAUCUAGCAAAAUGUCAAGAGAUAACAUUUUUAUUUGCUAACAACCUAGCUAAAACUGGAUAACUUAAAAACAAAACAGACAUUAUUUGUUAUCUUAUCAAUUAAUGUAGGUAUCAUUAGUAUAAUUCUCCAAGUUAGACUGGGAGUAAAAAAGAAACUUAAUUCACGGUAGAAACGUGAGGUGUCACGGAUGAUUCACAUUUUUUUCUUUUUGUGGGAUGGUACCACCAUUCAAUAGACUCCAGCCGAACAACACAACAAUGUAGUUUUUUUUUAGUUUGAUUUACUAUACCCCAGAGUAAAAAGUCCAGGAUAGGCAAUAGCCUGAAUUCCAUUUAAUUAGGGAGCUUGCUUUCCAACGGGGACUCCAUACAAGUAGUCCCCAGACAAUGUAGGUACCUACAUUACAUAAAUCGCUAGGUAUCUAUCAAUACCUACUGUUUGAAGGAUUCUUUGCUAUAUUUACUCUUUAUUACUUUAAUCGUGAAUUUGCUAAUCCGUAUCUUUAUACAGCGAUGUUAUUAUUUUAGAACCUGUCUAAAUCUGUAUGCUUAUCAUUUAAAUAAAUUAAAAUCCACUCAUUCAAAUCUCUAUUAAAUGAGAACAGUCCGAAUAGAGUGAGAACGUGACCCGAUGUUUUUGUAGCGAUAUCAAAUUAUUCCGAUAACGUCUUGUAAUUAAAAUCAAAUGUUACGUCAUAUUCCUUGAUGAUGAUAAUUAUGGCUUUCUUCACUCAAUCAAAAAUUAAAAAAAAAGAUAAUUACAUAUAUGUUAUUAUCAGUAAGUACAUAAUUUCACAUUAUUUUCGGUCUAGUUCUGUACAGUAGUAACCAUUGUAGCACUCGGCUUUCGAAAUAAAAGAUCGUCAGUUAUUUUUAUGUAACUUCAGGGUACCUUUAAGAUUACAUGUUAUGAAUGAAUCAACUCGGCUGUAAUCAUUAUUUAAAAGAGUAUCGGUGACGACGCGGCUGUGUCGUUUACCGUCUCAUAAUGAAAAGAUCCCACAAGUAAUAAAUAAAAACUUCAGCGAUGUGGAUAGCGAUUGUGCGAGUUACUUAUCACGACACGACCGUUAUAAUGAUGUGUUUCUCUCGUACACCCCAGUCCGUUCGCAGCAGCCGGCAUCGGCAGUAUCAAUUGAGACCUGAACAAACAUGGCGGCCGACAAAGUCUUCCACUCCCGUUCGGAGGGCAUCCCUUCGGAGGGCGUGAAGGACCAGUACGCCGACGGCAAGGCCGCCAGGGUGUGGAAGAAGUUCAUCGGCGACAGCAACGAGCGCACACAGAACUACAAGAACUUCCUCAUUGGGCUGCUAAGGAAGAACGGCUGCGAGAGUGUGCUCGACAUCGCUUGUGGCACUGGAAUAGACUCAAUGAUGCUAGUAGAAGAAGGGUUCAAGGUGGUGUCCGUAGACGCGUCAGACAAAAUGUUGAAACACGCUCUCAAGGCACGCUGGGACCGACGCAAGGACCCCAAGUACGACGAAUGGAUAAUCGAGGAAGCGAACUGGGAGACUCUCCCUCGCGACGUGUCGUCCUUCCUACCCGGAAAGUUGUUCGACGCGGUCAUCUGCCUGGGGAACUCGUUCGCUCAUCUACUGGACGAUGACGGCGACCAGAGGGGUCAGAAGAUGUGCCUGCGCAACUUCGCGCAAUGCCUCAAGCCCGGCGGAUUGUUGUUUAUCGAUCAUAGAAAUUACGACGCCAUGAUCAACAGCGGAGCUACGCCCGGACACUCCAUAUACUAUAACUGCAAGUACCCGGUGGACAUCAAGACGUCGGUAUUGGUGGUGCGCGGGAAGCCGGAACUCGUCACGCUCGACUACUGCAUCGACGCCGGAGAACACAACGAGAAAAGCGAGUUCCGCCUCUGCUACUACCCUCAUACACUGAAAAAGUUCACGAGCAUGUUGGAAGAGGCGUUUGACGCGCGCGCCAAGCACGAGAUCUACGCGGACUUCAAGCCUCUCAACCAAGUCAGCACGCCCGGCUUCUAUAUACACGUCAUGGAAAAGGCGAAGCAAUAAUACCAACACUUGUCUACAACGCUUACUUCAUAAAUUCGAUUAUUUAUAAUACGUCAGUUCUCGGACAUGACAAUCCACAAAGCCAAAAAAGGCAGAUAGGCGUGGUUGGUGUCGUGAAUUACCGUGCCACAAUUACUUCACACUCAACACGCGCCUUGGACUUUGUUUAAAAAAAAUGCUCUUUGUUUUCAAUCUCUUAAAUUCGAAUUUUAAUCUUACACUGGUUUGUCCAAUCAGAGUCAUGUCUCAACUUUGGCAAUUUCAAUUUCAAAUGAAACUCGAGUACUCUGUAGUGAGAGUGCUCUGUGAUUGACCUUAUAUUGUGUAGCCCAGCUACAUGACCACAAUAUUUAUAUAACUACUACGUUCAUGUUCCCACUAACAACACAAAAUCAUGGUGUCAUACUGAAAUCCUAAGUGCAUUGUGAAAGUAUUAUUCGGAUGACCUAAACUUUUAUUGUGAAUUAAGUUUACUUAAUUUAUUACAUCACGUCAGCAAUAUUAAAAAUUUAAAGCCAAUUUUUUUCUGUAACUCAAAACUGUAAUUAAGUAAAUAAUCAACAGUAAGUAGAAAUUAAUGCUAGGUAGUUUAUGUUGUUAAUUUGUUUUGUUUUGUUAUUUGGUCCCUUGUUUUGUGAAAACUGUUUUUAGACAAUAGGCACUAUCAACAUCCUAG